AUGACCCAUCUGGCCAAACAAGUACUUUGCAGGAUGGAGGACCUACUCAAUAUGCCGACCCCGUUCCCAUGUACCUUCAAAGGCGAGCUCCGGGAACUCAAGUCCGCCGUCCUCAUCAUUCAAAGGGUUCUCCACGACGCCGAGGUGCGGCUGGUCUGCACCCAUCAGUUCAGGGACUUGGUGGAGAAGGUGGCGGUUGUGAUAUAUGAUGUCGAUGACUUCCUCGACGAAUUUUUCUCCGAGGCUCACGCCUCAGCGAUGAAAGACUGCGAGACGACUACUUGCUGGAGCGCGGCAUGUUUCUUGGUCAGCUCCUUCCCCGCGUUGUUGUAUGGCAUCAAAAUGGGCCGUGCUAUCAAGGGUAUCAGGGAGAAGUUGCGUUAUCUGGAGAGAGAUUGGCCCUUGUUCAUGUGGGAAGUUCUUCGCGAGAAACCACCACCGUCUGUUGCUCUUCCCUCGGGAGCGGUGGACGACGAGAUAGUUAUAAUCAGGAGACGAGUAGAAGAACAAGCAAUCACUGAUAAACUAAUGGAUGUCGUCGAUUGCGAAGAAGCUGCUGACAUUUCCGUUGUUAGCAUCGUUGGCAAGAGCUUACGGGGGAAGACCACUCUCGCUAAGCUCGUUUCUGAAGACGAGCAAGUGAAGAACCGGUUUGGGAGAUCAAUUUGGGUGAACGUUUCAGCCCGUCUCAACGCCAGAGAUAUUCUGACAAAGAUGUUGCAGUCCAUAACCGGCCAAGGCCAUGCUGGGCUUCGGUUAGCUGAUCUGGAAGUUCUGCUCCACGAAGAAAUAGGCGGUCGACCGUUCUUGCUCGUGUUAGAUGAUGUGUGGGGGGAGGGAGUCGAAACCUGGAAGAAGCUAGGACAGCAUUUGAUGGCAGCUGGUGGUGCAGGUGCUGCUGGCAGCAAAUUAUUGGUGACCACCCGGAGCAGCAAUGUGGCAGAGAUCGCAAGUCAAGCAAUGGCUGCGACACCAUACUUCUUGAAAGGCUUGACACCCCACGAGAGUGUUGAAUUUUUGAUGAGGAAGGCACUUCUUCUUCAUGGAGAACGCGCACAAACCGAGCAAGUUGAAGGAAUGGCGGAAGAGAUAGCCAAACUAUGCAGUUGGGUUCCUCUUGCCAUUCGGGAGAUGGCCACCUUAUUAAGUUUGAAAGAUCCAGAAAAAGAGUGGCCGUCGAUUAUACGAGCCCUCCAGAGCGACUAUAGGGAAGAAGAUGAUGGAAUGUCCGCAAUCCUCCAGUUAUGUUUCAAUUCUAUUCCUUCCCAUCUUAAGCUUUGCCUUUCUUGCUGCUCUUUGUUUCGAAGGGGUCAUGUAUUUGAUAUUCAGAGUUUGACUCAACUUUGGGAAGCACAAGGGUAUGUUAACCAGUCCGGAGAAGAAGGCCCCGGAGGUAUGCAGCAAGGUUUUCAGUGUUUCGAGAUGUUAAACAAGAGGUCAUUCUUCCACGAUGUAGAGAUGGAUGAGUUUGGGAAUUUGGCAACAUGCAGACUGUACAAUUGGGUGUAUGAUGUACUGUCACUGGGUGAGAAUGUCCGCCACUUGACAUUGCCCGGUAUUCGUCUGGGCGGCCGGGAGUCAAGUUCAAGUAGCACAUCCAGCAGAUGGGAAUUUUCCCUCUUUCCAUGCCUCAAGCCACGCUCACUUGAUGUUCACAGCUCAGGAAUUGAGCAAGUGCCAUAUUCCAUCCAGGACCUGACAAUCUUAAGGUACCUUGAUGUUUCUGGGAAUGAUGCCAUAAAAGAACUCCCAGAAUCUAUCAGCGAGCUCUGGCAUUUGCAAGUCCUCAAGCUUUCUGGCUGCACACGGCUGAAGCAGCUACCAAGCAAUAUCAGGAAGCUGGUUAACCUGAAGCAUCUGUACUCUGAAGGAUGUUGGAGCUUGACCCAUAUGCCUCGCGGGAUUGGGGAGUUAACUUCACUGCUCACCUUGACGUGUUUCGUGUUGCCAAAGCAGAGCUCCCCCUCAAAGCACAUGGCUGCCGGGCUGAGUGAGCUGGGUAGCCUCAAACACCUGAGGGGUCGACUAGAAAUCAGAAACCUCGGAGCUCAUAAUAGUGGUGGGACGGAGCUUGAGUGCCGUACAAGUUUCCUGAUAGAGAAGCAGGGGCUCCAGUCAUUGAGUUUAUGCUGGGACAUGGAUGAUGGAGCAAAUGCAGAUGUCAAGCAGCAACAUCAACAUACGUUAGAGUGUUGCCAGCCGCCCCCAGGACUCAAAGAGCUAGAGAUCUCAGAGUAUGGAGGAGAGAAAUUCCCCAGUUGGCUUUCUUCUCUCAAGGAUCUCAUCCGAAUAAAGAUACUCGACUGCCCAAGAUGUCGUUCUCUCCCACCCUUGGAGGAAUUCCCACUUCUCCAAUCAUGUACUAUUGAUAGCUUACCAAAGUUGGAGUACAUUGACAGCUGGUCCAAAAGGAAGCAUGAUUCCCCUUUGUUCCCAUCCUUGAAAGAACUCUAUCUAUCCAACUGUCCCGGGCUGAAGGGGUGGUGGGAGGAAGAUGUCGAUGUUACAUUUCCCACGUUCCAUUGCCUUUCUAGGUUGGAGAUUCGUGAUUGUCCGAAGCUUGAUCAGAUGCCACUGUUCCCCACCCUGGAAGAUAAGCUUCUGCUGGAGUAUUCCAGCUUAGCUCCUCUGCAGCAGACGAUCCAGCAUCAGGAAGAGACUUCAUCUUCAUUUUCGCCUCUCUCCAGAUUGAAGUCUAUGUGGAUUUUGUCAAUCGAAGAGCUUCAAGUCCUUCCAGAACAAUGGCUGCAGAAGUUGCCAUCUCUGCAAGAGCUGCUAAUCGAGUUUUGUCCAAAACUAUCGUUCCUGCCUCCAGGGAUGCGUCGGCUGACCUCUCUGCGAGUGUUGGAUGUCCACAGAUGUCCCCAGCUCACUCAAAGAUGUGGAAGCAACAAAGCAGUGGACUGGCCAAACAUAGCUCACAUCACAAACAUCAGGAUCGACAAGAAACUGAUUCAGCUGGGUGGAAGGUAUCAGUUGUCCGAAAAGGACUCAAUUGCAGCAAUAGCCAACUUCUCCUUUGUCCAUCCUCUCUCCAAAAUCACUAGUGUCACGGUAGAGAGCCUUGAGUCUCUACCAGCGGAAUGGGUACAGAAUCUCAGCACCCUGAAAGAGCUCAAGAUUGUCAACAGUCCAAGUAUUGACUCCUGGCCGCAAGAGCUGCGUAGUGUCACACAUUUGGAGAGGUUGCAGAUCAGUGGAUGCGCCAUGCUGGAGGAAAUGUGCAUCGAGGACAAGGAUUGCUCCGCCAUUGCCCAUGUUCCUUUUGUGCAAGCUGGUGACAGAGUCGUUCGACCACUACCUCGCUAG